UUACGAACAAAGCCGUCAGAUGCGAGCGGGACGCGGCUGCGCAUGUUCCUACCGGGUAUUACGUUAUAUUUGAAUGUGUUUACCGCUAAAAUGACCAAAACACAAGUGUUUUCAACAUAACAACAGUUCAAAAACAAAAUGAAGUGUCAGUUCUUACUAUUAGUUCCGUGAAGUGUGUAAAAUUAAGUGUUAAAACGACAGAGAGGGAAUAAAACAAAUGUGUGUGAUCCAUGUGUGAAUGUUGUGCAGCAAGAUGUGGUCGAGAAACUUUAUACCGGAUUAUGGGAUUAAAUUGUCCAUCCUCCUUGUGCUGUCUGCGAUAGCUGCGAGGAUUGAUGGUGUUGAAGGUUUUGUCUCAUGCUCUCCGUCCCCAUGCAAGAAUGGUGGUACGUGCCUCUCCACGCCGCGAGGAGAAUAUUUCUGCAACUGCACAUCGCGCUACGCCGGCGAAUUCUGCCAGCAUCUCAACCCUUGCCACAGCGAGUCGAGCCCUCGCUGCCAGAACGGCGGCUCGUGCAGAGUGCGGCCGGGCGUGGGCGGCGGCCCUCCGUCCUUCGCCUGCGACUGCCCCCUCGGGUUCAGCGCGUCGCUCUGCGAGAUACGGGUGCCAGCGGCUUGCGAUUCUGCACCCUGCUUGAACGGAGCCACGUGCAGGCUGACGUCGCUGCAUAGUUACGAGUGUGACUGUCCGCCUGGAUAUACUGGCGACGAAUGCUCCCACGAGGACCACUGCGCCUCCCAGCCCUGCCGGAACGGGGGCCGUUGCGUCGCUGACAAUACAACGGCCGCUGGCUACUCCUGCGUCUGCCCGCCGGGCUUCACCGGCUCGCGAUGUACUGAGGACGUUGUGGAAUGUUCCAGCGGCACGGGGCCGUGCCACCACGGCCGGUGCUUCAACACCCACGGGUCCUAUACCUGUGUGUGUGAGCCGGGGUACACGGGGCGGGAUUGCGACGCGGAGUACGUGCCGUGCGAGCCGUCGCCAUGCUUGCACGGCGGACGCUGCACCCCCUUGGACCAGCUGCGGUACGAAUGCGACUGUCCUACUGGAUACCGAGGCCAAAAUUGCGAGAUAGACAUCGACGACUGUCCGGGGCAUUUGUGUCAAAACGGCGCGACAUGUAUUGAUGGACUCAACUCGUAUACAUGCGAGUGUCCCCCGACUUUCACUGGGACGCUGUGCGAAACGGAUGUGGAUGAGUGCGCUUUGAGGCCGCUAGUAUGUCAGAACGGUGCUACAUGCACGAAUACCGUUGGCGGCUUCUCCUGCAUCUGCGUGAACGGCUGGACAGGGCCGGAGUGCUCUGUGAACAUCGACGACUGCGCAGGCGCCGCUUGUUUCAAUGGCGCCACGUGUAUCGACAGAGUUGGGGCUUUCUAUUGCAAGUGUACUCCGGGGAAGACUGGUCUCCUUUGCCACCUGGACGACGCGUGCACCUCGAACCCCUGCCACGCGGACGCGAUCUGCGACACCAGCCCGAUCAACGGCUCCUACACCUGCUCCUGCGCAUCUGGGUACAAGGGCCUGGACUGCUCUGAGGAUAUUGAUGAGUGCGAACAAGGCUCCCCCUGCGAGCACGACGGCAUGUGCGUGAACACGCCCGGUUCGUUCGCGUGCAAUUGCUCGGUGGGCUUCACGGGCCCGCGCUGCGAGACCAACGUCAACGAGUGCGAGAGCCACCCGUGCCGGAACGAGGGCUCCUGCCUGGACGACCCGGGGACGUUCCGCUGUGUUUGUAUGCCUGGGUUCACGGGCACUCAGUGUGAAGUUGAAAUAGAUGAAUGUGCGAACAACCCUUGCCUGAAUGGAGGUGUCUGCCACGAUAUGAUCAAUGCAUUCAGAUGCACGUGUGUUAUAGGAUUCACCGGCGCUCGCUGUCAAGUGAACAUAGAUGAUUGUGCAUCCAGUCCAUGCCGAAACGGAGGCACGUGUCAUGACUCCAUCGCUGGGUACACUUGUGAAUGCCCACCGGGAUAUACAGGCAUGUCCUGCGAGACGAACAUCAACGACUGCCUGUCGGCGCCGUGCCACCGCGGCGAGUGCAUCGAUGGAGACAACAGCUUCACGUGCAACUGCCACCCGGGGUACACGGGCCGCGUGUGCCAGACGCAGAUCAACGAGUGCGAAUCGAACCCCUGCCAGUUUGGAGGUCAUUGCGAAGACCUAAUUGACGGUUAUCAAUGUCGGUGCAAACCUGGAACGUCUGGACGCAACUGCGAGAUUAACGUCAAUGAGUGCUACUCCAACCCAUGCAGGAAUGGGGCCACUUGCAUUGACGGGAUAAAUAGGUAUACAUGUGAAUGUAUCCCGGGUUUCACUGGACAGCAUUGCGAGACCAACAUCAACGAAUGUUUGUCGAAUCCUUGUGCAAAUGGGGGCAAAUGCAUCGAUCGCGUCAAUGGAUUCCGCUGCGAGUGCCCCAGAGGCUACUAUGAUGCGAGAUGUUUAUCAGAUGUGAAUGAAUGCGCAUCAAACCCUUGCAUCAACGGUGGUACCUGCGAAGAUGGCGUCAAUCAGUUCAUUUGCCAUUGUUUGCCGGGAUAUGGCGGACAACGUUGCGAGCGCGAUAUCGACGAAUGCAGCUCAAACCCAUGUCAACAUGGCGGCACGUGUCAUGAUAGACUCAACGCUUACAAAUGCGACUGUGUAUUGGGAUUCACAGGAGUAAACUGCGAAACAAACAUCGACGACUGUGCCGGCAACCCGUGCUUACACGGCGGCUCGUGCAUCGACCUCGUGAACGGCUACCGGUGCGUGUGCGCGCCGCCGCACUCUGGACGCAACUGCGAGAACACGCUCGACCCGUGCUUGCCGAACCAAUGUCGCCACGGUGGCCGCUGCAUCGCCGAAGCGUCAUACGCCGAGUUCACUUGCCAAUGUCCCGUCGGCUGGACCGGAGCUCUCUGCGAACGGGAUGUCGACGAAUGCGCUGUGACAGCGCCGUGUCACAAUGAAGCCACUUGCAUCAAUACUGAGGGGUCCUAUGCGUGUCUGUGCGCUAGGGGCUACGAGGGCAAGGACUGUGCUAUAAACACGGACGAUUGCGCUUCGUUCCCAUGCCAAAAUGGCGCUACGUGUCUGGACAGUAUCGGCGACUAUAACUGCGUGUGCGCGAGCGGGUUCGCCGGGAAGCACUGCGAGGUCGACAUUGACGAGUGCCAGUCGAGGCCCUGCAUGAAUGGAGCUACUUGUAAUCAGUAUGUCGCAUCAUAUACAUGCACGUGCCCCCUGGGUUUCUCCGGGAUCAACUGCCAGACCAACGACGAAGAUUGCACCGACUCGAGCUGUAUGAACGGGGGGUCUUGUAUUGACGGCAUCAACUCGUAUAACUGUUCUUGUCCACCAGGGUACACGGGUUCCAACUGCCAGUUCCGCAUCAACAUGUGCGAUAGCUCGCCGUGCGCGAACUCAGCGACCUGCCACGACCACGUGACGCACUACACCUGCCACUGCGCAUACGGGUACACGGGAAAACACUGCGAUACGUUCGUUGAUUGGUGCGAAAACAACCCAUGCGAGAAUGGUGCUACAUGUUCACAAAAAGGCCCGCAGUACACGUGCGCCUGCGCACCCGGCUGGUCAGGGAAGCUAUGUGACGUGGAAAUGGUGUCCUGCAAAGAUGCUAGUAUACGUAAAGGUGUGAAGCUUAAACAACUCUGCAACAACGGUUCGUGCGAAGACAUCGGCAACUCCCACCGCUGCCACUGCCUGGACGGCUACACCGGCUCCUACUGCCAUAAGGAAAUCAACGAGUGCGAAUCCGCCCCGUGCCAAAACGGAGCGCUAUGCAAAGAUCUAGUGGGAACGUACCAGUGCCAGUGCGCCAAAGGUUUCCAAGGACAGAACUGCGAGUUAAACGUAAACGACUGCCUUCCAAACCCAUGCCAAAAUGGCGGCACCUGCCACGACCUGAUCAACAACUUCUCGUGCUCUUGCCCCUUCGGGACUCUGGGCAAGAUAUGCGAAAUCAACGUCAACGAUUGCAAGCAGGACGCGUGUCACAAUAACGGCACAUGUAUUGAUAAAGUUGGGGGCUUCGAAUGCAAGUGUCCGCCUGGCUUCGUCGGGCCCAGGUGUGAAGGAGAUAUAAAUGAGUGCUUGUCCAACCCUUGCUCGAACCCUGGGACUCAGGAUUGUGUGCAAUUAGUGAACGACUACCAUUGUAAUUGCAAACCGGGUUAUAUGGGCAGACAUUGCGACGCUAAAGUCAACUUCUGUGCGAACUCUCCUUGUCAAAAUGGUGGCAUAUGUACCGCUAUACAAGGUGGACACGAGUGUCUUUGCAGCGAUGGCUUCUAUGGAAAGAACUGUGAAUACUCUGGAUACGCCUGUGACUCGAACCCAUGUCAAAAUGGAGGCUACUGUAGAACAUCAGAAAUCGGUGAUUACGUAUGCGACUGUCCAUCUGGCUUGUCUGGAAUCAAUUGCGAAAUAGAUUCUAUGAACGAAUGCCUCAGCAACCCUUGCAAACACCCAGACGCGCGUUGUAUUGACAAACCGGGUGACUAUUUAUGUUACUGUCCAAGACAAUGGACAGGGAAGAACUGCGACAUACACGACCCACACUCCAGAGGUGGAUAUGGAAGCCCCGUGAGUGGAGUUUACGGCAAGAACCCUGGAUUGACGCUGCAAGAAUUAGAUCUGGCUUUCCAAAGAGAACAGUGCGUGAAACUAGGGUGCAAAGAAAAGAAAGGAGACAAUCAUUGCGAUGAAGAGUGUAAUACUUAUGCGUGUGAAUUCGACGGCAAUGACUGCUCUUUGGGAAUCAAUCCAUGGGCCAACUGCACUGCUCCUAUCAAAUGUUGGGAGGUGUUCAUGAACGGAGAAUGUAACGAAGUCUGUAAUACCCAAGAUUGCUUAUUCGACGGGCGAGAUUGCGAGAAAUCCCUGCAGAAAUGCAACCCUAUUUACGACGCGUACUGUCAGAAACAUUACGCAAACGGACAUUGCGACUAUGGAUGCAACAACGCUGAGUGUAACUGGGACGGUUUGGACUGCGAGAACGAGCCGCCCGAUCUAGCCGAAGGUGUCAUCUCAGUCAUAUUGCUGAUGGAUAUGAGAACGUUCAAAGAGAACUCUGUUGCCUUCUUGCGAGAUCUGGGCCAUCAGUUGCGGACGACAGUUUUAAUAAAGAAAGAUCACCUCGGAAACGACAUGGUCCAACCUUGGAAGGGGUCAACGGACGUUGGCUUGCAAGAUACGGAAUUCGGUAAGAAACAUCACAUUGUGUUCACUGAGCGCGGCCAGUCAGGCGUUCAAGUGUUCCUCGAAAUUGAUAACAGAAAAUGCACAACAAUGUCCGGUUCGGAAUGUUUCUUCUCGGCCCGCGAAGCCGCUGAUUUCUUAGCGGCUACUGCCUCUAAACAUUCCUUAUCACCUGACUUUCCAAUAUUUCAAGUUAAAGGUGUGAAAGCUCCAGUAGAAGAAAUCCCCACAAACUCUAAAUACGUCUUCAUCGGCGUUAUUAUAGUUCUUCUAGCUGGUUUGCUAAUAGGCGUCUUGGUAACUGCUCAGAGAAAACGCGCAGCUGGCAUAACAUGGUUCCCAGAAGGUUUUAUAAGCAAUGGUUCUUCCUCACGUCGUCGAUCGAGGCGUAGAGGUCCAGAUGGUCAGGAAAUGAGGAAUUUGAACAAGGGAUCAAUGGGGUGCAUCGACGUGGAUAUAAAUGGAGGUCACAUGGUACCGCCGCACUGGUCUGAUGAAGACGAUGAUGGAUCAGCUCCUCCAAGGGCUAAGAGAGCUCGAGGUCCGGGAGAUUCUAAUGGAGCUCCUGGCGGAUAUGCAUCAGAUCAUACAGCGAUUACUGAUUAUGAAGAAGCCAGUCAUGAGCCGAGGGUCUGGACUCAACAGCAUCUGGAUGCGGCUGAUAUCAGAGUUCCACCUAGUAUGAUGACUCCACCUGCUAUCCACGACGGUCACGUGGAUGUAAACGCCCGUGGUCCCCUCGGCAUGACACCACUCAUGGUAGCCGCCAUCCGGGGCGGAGGCCUGGACACCGGUUCUGACGUGGAAGACGAGCAGACAGCGCACAUUAUAUCGGAGCUCGUGGCUCAGGGUGCUCAGCUGAACGCUGCUAUGGAUAAGACUGGAGAAACCAGCCUACAUCUGGCUGCUAGAUACGCCCGCGCGGACGCAGCGAAGCGGCUGCUGGACGCGGGCGCCGACGCCAACUCGCAGGACAACACGGGCCGCACGCCGCUGCACUCCGCCGUCGCCGCCGACGCCAUGGGCGUGUUCCAGAUCCUGCUGAGGAACAGAGCCACCAACCUGAACGCCAGGAUGCACGAUGGGACCACCCCGCUUAUACUGGCUGCUAGGCUCGCAAUUGAAGGCAUGGUGGAGGACCUGAUAAACGCAGACGCGGAUAUAAACGCGGCGGACAACAGCGGCAAGACCGCAUUGCACUGGGCCGCAGCUGUCAACAACGUGGAUGCUGUGAAUGUACUGUUGGUGCAUGGGGCCAAUAGGGAUGCCCAGGAUGAUAAGGACGAGACGCCGCUGUUCCUGGGCGCCCGCGAGGGCUCGUACGGCGCGUGCAAGGCGCUGCUGGACGCGCUCGCCAACCGCGAGAUCACCGACCACAUGGACCGGCUGCCCCGCGACGUGGCGCAGGAGCGGAUGCACGACGACAUCGUGCGGCUGCUCGACGAGCACUGCGUGCGCCCGCAGCACCACCACCUCAUGACAUCCCCCAACCCGCAUCCACAAUUGAUAAGCCAGCCCACGGUAAUCAGCGCAACGGCUACAAAGGGCAAGCCGAAGAAACCGCGGGCCAAAGUGGGGCCCGAUAGCCCGCAAGAACAGGCCUACGAUAAUAACAACCUGCAAGCCUCACAGAUACGACGGAAACCAAGUGUAAAAAAGAGCAAUAAGAAAGUAGCACAGGAGGUGCCGCAAAGCGUGGAAAGCCUUGGCUUCAGUUUGAGCCCUGUGGAGUCUCCGCUGCAAAAUUUACAGGAUUUGCCGUCACCGUACGACGCGACGUCUCUAUACUCGAAUGCGAUGGCGCAGUACCCGGGUAUGGAGCUGGUGCACAAGCAGCCGCCCAGUUACGAAGACUGCGUUAAGUCGGGCGGCGCGCUGCAGUUCGGCGGCGGCGCGGGCGCGUCGCUGUCCCCCCCCUACUCCAACCACUCGCCCGCGCACAGCAACCAGACCACCUCGCCGCACGCCUACAUCGGCUCCCCGUCGCCGGGCAAGUCGCGGCCGUCGCUGCCCACGUCGCCGGCGCACAUGGCGGCGCUGCGCCACCACCACCAGCACCAGCUCGACGCCGCCGCUUAUUCUGCGCUCGCGCACCUCAGUGCGAACGGGCAGCACAACGCGCAACUGCAGGCGGUGAUGUCGCACGCGGCGGCGCUGUCACACGCGCAGGCUCAUCACCCCGCCAUCACCAAUAUUAUGUCCGGUCUCUACGGCAGCUGGGGCAUGGGUGACACGUUCCCCACCCCCUCCCCUGAGUCCCCCGACCACUGGUCCACCCCCUCCCCCCAAACUCCCCUCACGCAAUCGCCGCACUCUGAUUGGUCAGAUCGGGCCGCGCUCUCCCCUAACGAUAUGCAACAAACGAACAAAGGAGCCACGGAAGCCAUUUAUAUUUAAAAAUAGAACGUUGAAUAUUCCAAUAACGGUUUAAUUUAAGAAAGUUUAUUGCUCUUUAAAUUGGCGAUUUGAAUUAAGAUCGCGUUGUUUCCUCAACGGGAAUUCGACUACGUAUUUUAGUAUGCCAUUUCUCAUUUAGAUGCUGUAUUUAAAUUAGGAACGUGGAUUCUUUUUUAUCUUUAGCCGUAAAGAUAAUACCUACUGCCUUUUUUAAAUUAAGAACUGCGUUUAUUUUUUAAAUUAUUAGCACCAUAGACGUAACUAUGAAGGUGCUAGUGCCGUAGUAUAGACUGAUUUGUACAGCCAUGACGUAGUUAAGGACGAUUGUGAACUUUGGUGUAUUUUUAUGAAAUUAACGAAGACGCAUAGCGGCUUAGUAAUUUAUUACAAAUUUUAUAGCAUAUCUAAAAAUUGUUCUACGAGUAAUACAGAUAAA